AAGAACAAUUAUUCAGAAAAGUAUCUCAAACCCUAAUCUCUCUCAAAUUCGUCACCUAUCCCUAGGCCGUCGGCCAUUCUUCUACUCGAUCUCCAAUUUCCUCUUCUAAAUCCCUAAUCCCCAAUUCUGUUCUUCCCCAAUUCUAUCUCAAUCCCUAGAAAUAGGUUUCUAAAAUUUGGUAUCAGAGCCCGGUUUCGAGAAUUGAGUUUUUCACAACUCUCAACCGGGGACGAGUUCUACAACUGGCUCGACGAUGAGCUCUUCAAGGCUCUCGGACGUGUCAUGGGCGGAACUGCGGGAACAGGCCCGCCGCAUCGGACAUCGUUGGAUCCCCGAGGAGCUACCAAUCGCGCAGGAGGAAGUGAUGCCCAAGGAGACUGUCGGAGAACUACCUCCGCAACUGGCCGAGCGCGACGCGAAGGCUGGGGAGCGGCGACCCGAGACGACAUGGUCAUCAAAGCUCUCGAACCCGUCGUGGGAAGAGCUGCGUGAACGGGCUCGGCGCAUCGGCCGUCAUUGGAACUCCAAGGAGCUGCCGACCGGGAAUGCCGCCACAGCAGAAGAGAAACUGUCGGUUGUGCAGGUUGACGCAGAUGGUGAAGUUGAGAGGCGAGCAGAGCAAUCGGAUGUGGAAGAGGUUUUGGUGAUCGAGCCGCCAACCGUAGGACAACCCCCAAGCGCAACCAACAAACAGCAGCAGCGUCUACCAACCAUCUCCACUGCAGUUUCGAAGGUCGUAGUGCCUUCGGCCGGGAAGGUGGAAUCAUGCGCUGAGGAGAGACAACCGAAUCUGGACUUGGGGGAGGCAUUUCAGGUAAAUCCCAGCACAACCUCAAUCCUACUAAAAACUCCAAUAAAUGGCAAGAUCAAUUGGAAAUCCAGGAAAAGGAAGUUGCGGCUCGACGAAGCAGAGUCGGCGACCGAUGAGGGUGAGAGGCCAGAGGCGGGGUACUAUAGAUCUAGCUUGGAUUCCAGCCACCGAAAGAUCUCAACGCCAAGGAAGGAGCCGCCAGAGCUCGAGAUGAAGAAGGGCACGGCGGCGCGAAUGACCAAAACCAAUAGACGAUGCGGAACUGGUUCGACGAUGGAACAAUCGGAGGUGUCUUGCUUCCUGUCGUCGAUCGAUUGGGAGAAAGAAUCGAGGACCAGCAGCGCGGAGCCGGGAUCUCCUCAAAGCCGUCGCGUGAACUGCAUGCCGACGGGAAGCAAGACAAAGAAGUCAAUCGGCGACGAGUUGAAGACGAAGCUGAGGGCUCGCCGGUGGCCGGCGAAAGAAAGGAGGACGCAAAGCAGCGGCGGGAAGCUUCCUCUCCCGUCAUCAGAGUUGGUGAAGGAGGUUGGAGGCGGCGUGCUUCUCCUUGCAAGCCCUUGGUCGCCAACCGUGGGUCGAGCAAAGGAGCAACUGCAGAAGCGGGCCAACCUUGGCCCGGUCACUAAGGUCGUGGGCUCGGAAGGAUCUGAGGAAGCAAGCCAGGUGGUGGAGCACGGGCCAAUUCUUACCGGGCCUAUUUGGGGCAGCCUGGACCGGUGCAGGCGUGCCGCGUUUGUUGAUGGCCAGAAAAGGAGGAGGAAGCUGAGAAAUAAGUGGGCCGGUAUCAAGCUCGGUCAUGGGCUAAGUCAGGAGAAAUUAAAAGAGUUUCAAAAGUAUAAUGGGUCGAGCUCACAAGACAGGUUUAAUGUAGGCUUGGAGGAAAUCUUUGGGCCGUACAUGAAUUGUCUUUCUGGGCUCUUCCUUAUGGAGUAGGUUUGAAGGAAAAAGAAGAGUUUCGUGGGCUUAAGUAUUGGGCUCUCAAGGAAUCAUGAGUCAUUAUUAACAAUUAAAGAGGCCACUGCACAAGUUCAUGAGCUAGCUUCAAGAAAGAUGAGCUCUAGUCAAGAGUUUUGGUCUCUUGACAAAAAUGAACCGGCGACAUGGGCCAUUAACGUGGAGUUCGAGGAUCUGGCAGGAUUGAUGCUUAAAGACGGCUUCUCAUACAAGGAAGCAAAUCAUGGAUCCAUGGAAGUGAAAUUUGAAGAGUGGGAUGAACACAAGCAUGUCGGUGCAAGAAGUCUAAGUGAAGAGUUAGAGCGUGAUUGGAAGAAAAGAAAGCACAAUGAGUGGCGGAGACAAAGCGCGGAUUGCGCAGGAGAUGUGAAGAAAUGGGUCAAACUGAUCAACCUUGAGGGCAAGGUUGUUCUCAAGGGGGAUGGGAUGUUAGAAACAUGUUUUCUAAGGAAAAUGAGUUUCUAUAUUAUCAUUAUUAUUAGGUUUUAUUAAAUAUGGUUAGUAGUCUUUUAGUAGAAUUAGGUUUAGUAUUAGGUUUUCACAUCUUUCGUUAUAAAUAUGUACUUUGCGUUUUAUUCAUAAUCAAGCGAGAACAAUUAUUCAGAAAAGUAUCUCAAACCCUAAUAUCUCAAACCCUAGGCCGUCGGCCAUUCUUCUACUCGAUCUCCAAUUUCCUCUUCUAAAUCCCUAAUCCCCAAUUCUGUUCUUCCCCAAUUCUAUCUCAAUCCCUAAAUAUCUAUCAAUUCCCAAUCUUAUCACUUGAUCGUUAGAACCCUAGAAAUAGGUUUCUAACAUGCCUUGCCUUUGUAUAAAAAAAUACGUAAUUUAACGUGGUAGAGGCCCCCUGGACUUGACUCGCAUCCAUGAUUCUCAAAUUGAGCUCCAAAGUAGGCUUGACAAACACGUUGCCAGACUUAGCCAUUUUCAGGCAGUUUCCUAGUUAUGGCAUAGCCUUUUGGUCAGGUUCAAAAAUGGUCUUCUGGACUUUCUAUUGAGCUCCCAAGUACUUUAAUGUGUAGAGGGACACUUCAGCUUCAAAGCAAGCCUUUAAUCUCCAAUUUCCAUCUAGCCAAUUGUAAGAUACGAAUCUCCAAAGUAGACAUCAUGAAACUGUUUUGACACUGAAACAACAGAUUAGGUCGACCUAAUCCUAUAUGAGGUCGACCGAAAAGUGCAUGUCACCGUGACAUGCAUGUUACAGUAGCAAAUUCCCCAUCUUUAACAUCCGGGUACCUCUAUAUAUAUAUGGCGAGUUCUACGGUACCCCGAGUGAAAUCCGGUGUACCGCAUACCUUGAGUAUGAAAACGCUAUCCAGACAUUGAAUUGAUUGAUCUUUUGGACAUGGUAUUAUACUCUAACCCUUAAAGAUCAAAAUCUAGUUCUUAGCUCCCUAAAUCUUAUACUCCAAUAUCAAUUUAAUUAGAAACAAUAAUCGACGGCUAUGAUUCGUCCAAAUAUAGGCAAAAAAAUGAAUGCUCCGCCUUAGGGUUUAUAGUUUAUGAUUUAGAUAAUUAGGACCUAGGGUUCACUCAAUAAGGAUUAGGGUAUAGUACCAAGCCCAAAGUUUUUUCUAUUUCGAGGCCUAGAUAGUGUUUUCAUACUCAAGGUAUACGGUACCCUGAAUUUCACCCGGGGUACCAUAGAAGUCACCAUAUAUAUAUAUAUAUAUAAACAUAUUCCAAAUUACAGUAUUAGUUCCUUAUAUUUCAUAAUAAUAUAGCAUAUAAAUAUGUUACAUGCUCAUGUUGCAGUUAAAAGAAACUAGUAUGUGUACGUUGUGCGAUCGGGUAGUAAACUUAGUCAUUUAAA